AUGGCCUCCAACCAUGGAAGCGUAGCGCACCUCCUGCCGCUGACAUAUAAACGUAUGGUAUCCGCAUGGCUAGAAGAGGAUUGUCCCAGCUUCGAUUACGGCGGAUUUGUCGUUGGGGAGUCCAUGGCUGAGGCAAAGCUGUUGGGAAAGAGUUCGGGCAUGAUAGCUGGGGUGCCCUUCUUUGAUGAGAUCUUCAGGCAGCUGGAAUGCACUGUAGAAUGGCACAUAGUUGAAGGCCAUUUCUUCGAUCCGAUCACCCACUGUGCAACAGUCCGCGGUCCGGUCCGGAAGCUCCUCCUUGGAGAGCGAGUAGCCCUCAAUACCCUCGCGAGGUGCUCAGGUAUAGCCACCAGGUCCGCCCGCAUGCUCUCCCUCGUCCGCAACGCAGGCUAUUCCAAUAUCCUGGCCGGCACCCGUAAAACCACCCCAGGGUUUCGCCUGGUCGAAAAGUAUGGUAUGCUCGCGGGUGGUUGUGAUCCUCACCGCAUUGACCUCAGCGCUAUGACUAUGCUCAAAGACAACCAUGUUAUAGCUGCCGGUAGCAUCACCCGUGCCGUCAAGGCUGCACAAGCUGCUGGAGGCUUCGCUAUCAAAGUAGAGGUGGAGUGUCAGACUGAGGCAGAAGCCGACGAGGCUGUAGCAGCUGGUGCUGAUGUGGUUAUGCUUGACAACUUCACAGGCGAAGGAGUUAAGGUAGCCGCGAAGAGCCUUAAGGAGAGGUGGAAAGGGAGGAGAGAGUUCCUGGUUGAAGUCAGCGGUGGCUUGACAGAGGCUAACGUCGCAGACUUUGUUUGCAACGAUGUGGACGUGAUAAGUACCAGCAGUAUCCACCAAGGUGUGCCGCAUGUUGACUUCUCGCUGAAGAUUGUUCAAUGA